UCUAUGCCUGGGACACUGACGUCAUCACCCUGCGCAGCUCGCCGGCUGCGUCCAGCGUGCGGCCCGUAACAAACCCAGCAGAACCAGCGGAUGGUUCCGCCGGGGAACCAUGGCGGUGUUUCACGACGAGGUGGAGAUCGAAGACUUUGAGUUCGACGAGGAGACGGAGGCCUACUACUUCCCGUGUCCCUGCGGAGACCGCUUCUGUAUAACCAAGGAGGACCUGGAGAACGGGGAGGAGGUGGCCACAUGUCCCAGCUGCUCGCUCAUCGUUAAAGUCAUCUAUGAUAAGGAGCUCUUCAUGUCUGGGGAAACCAUCGAGGCUCCAUCAGAACCCAAGCUGCAGCGGGUUCAGUCCUGAACCUGGACAGAACCUUCCCCGGAUUCUGCUCAGUCCGGCCGGACGGAUGCUUCGUGUCUCCACCGUCUGCUGCCGGUGGUGCGUUCAGGUUCCCUGGGCAAAUGUGCGACUCUGAGAGAAACGGUGCGUUCGGCGCCAACAGGACUCCCUGAACCCGUUCGUCCAGAACUUUGUCAUGUUGACCUCAGCAGUUGGACUGGGUCACUUAACGGGCCUCCAGACGGCUAGAACUCUUAGCUUCUUAUAAUAAAUAUGAUUAUUUCUGCUCCA